UUUACCUGUUUUUGUUUCCCAUUUCUCCAGCUGUGUGCCUUGCAGCUGUGGCAGGCGAGGGAUGUGGGUGAUGUGUUAUCAGGGGGGCUUUUCAGAUGCCGCGAUAGCAGAUAGCAGCCGCCCGCCAAGGAAAAACGUUUAUAUCUGCCCACAUUUUUCGCGCGCUUCCCGAACACAAAAUAUUUUGACAAAACCAAAUUACUAUAUUUCGUUGGGGUCAUAAGAAGGUACAUUGCACUUCUGACGAAGUAAUUUAUCAAAAAAAGUAAUGCAUCCAUUUUUGAAAAGCGCGGCUAAACUACAGUGCUGACUCGAUGUUUUUGCGUGACUUUACGCGUGUCUAUGAGUCACAUCACACGUUAAUGUCGAGAGUUGGGACAAACGAUUUGUUUGUUGAUUGCAUCAAGUAUGUUAAACUGUGACGUUUUUCACGUGAGCGAUAAUCAGAUCACAAAACGCCUUUACCGCUUCAAUGUGCUGUUGCUAUAUUUGUAGAACUGACCUUACGUAGAAGUAGGACACGUUUACGUAUCUUUACAGCAGCCUGUGACACGCCUUGAAAAAAAAAAUGAUUACAACAUGUGGAAAAAUAAUGUGAGGUUGUUAUUAUCACAACAAAUCAUGGGUUGAUAUGGAUUACAUCGUUUAGUCUGUGGAGAUGGAAUGCAAAAAUUAAUUUCAUCCCUUUUACAACUCUGUGGCGUUACAUUUCUAGUCGGCCUAGUGUCCACUCAAGAUUUUGGACGUAAAACUAUCAAACUAGUCAAGAAAUAACCUUGAAUUUUAGUCUUCCGGGUGGAAUUAACUCUGUUAUAACAUUCAUCAGUGAUGGAAUCUCCUGUUGAGUACUCAUUGAGAGGACCCACUAGGCAGUCAAAGAGAAUUGCGCAAGCUAAUGCCAAGUCAAAAGUCACUGAAGCAACUUAUAGUGGAGAAAAUGAAUUUUCUGAUUCUAAAAUCUUGGUCCACGAUAAUGUGGUAGAUUUUGAUAGCUCGACUGCUGGAAUGUUCCUCAAUGUUGAUGUUAAGGUUGAGAUGGAGCCAGAAGAAUUAUACGAAGAAGACAGUAAUGGUGAUGAAAAUGAUAAAUUGGACGAUAGCACUUCACAACCGCUGGAGGAUUCUUCAAGAGCUAAAGCGAUUGUUGCAAAGCUGGCUCAGAAACUCAACUCUAAAUUGAAUGCUGAAUUUACUCCGCGGUCUACUGAUUCACUUUUGGCCUGUCUAGAACCAGAGGUUUCUGUUGCCACAGAGGGUACCAUCACUUCAGGUAGCGUAUAUGUGUGUCCGUGGUGUCCCUUAACAUCAGCACUUCCAGAAACUAUUGAAGAGCACAAAAAAAGAUACCACCCUGCACCUUCUGGAGAACCUGAAGUAUCUUCUCAGUCUCCUCAUAUCUGUGAAGUGUGCGGCAAGGAGUUUGCAAGAAGCUGGCACCUCAAGCGUCACUUUAUCAUACAUUCAGGUGAGCGCCCUUUCAUUUGUGUAGAUUGUGGGGACACAUUUGUUACAGCAGGAGACCUAUCUUUUCAUCAUCAAAAAGAUCAUGCUCCUUUUUCAUGCAAAUUUUGCCCUGAAGUUUUUGCGGCCAAAGGGUAUCUUAAAUUACACAUGAAAAUUCACAAAAGUGCAUCUGGUAGACUUUGGAGGUGCUUUGUUUGUGACAAACAGUAUGAUUCAAAGAGUGUUCUUAUUGCUCAUCAGAGCACCCAUGCUAUGCUGAGUUCAAUCAUGAAAGGCUGCUGUGAACAGUGUGGGAAAUCAUUCAAAUCAGUUGUUGAUUUGGAAAAUCACAUGAAAUCUCAUACAGUUAUACAUGCCUGUCCUUUGUGCAAUAAAUCGUUCAAACAGAGCAUUACCUUGACAGAACACAUGCGUAAUCUACACAAAGUUGAACCUCCUGGGAAACCAGGUAAAAUGUCUGCACUCUUUGUGUGUCUUCAAUGCCAAAGAGAGUUUGAUAAUAUUCUAUCUCUGAAACAACAUUUGCAAAUGCAUUCUUGGGCAAAACCCUGCAAAUGCCCUGAGUGCGGGGAUAGUUUCCGAGGGGCAAAUGAUUUGAAGGUACACAUGCGUGUUCAUACUGGAGAGCGCCCAUUUGAAUGUCCUGAGUGCGGUGAACGUUUCACUCAAAAAGGAAACUUAAAUGUUCAUAUCAGAACACAUACAGGUGAAAAACCUUUUGAAUGCCAAAUAUGCGGGCGUUGCUUUCUAAAGAGUAGUAACUUAAAGGAGCACCAUAAAGUGCAUCAAGAUAAAGGUAAAAGAGAGAACAUUAAGGAAGAAAAAGUUGUGCAGGAUGUAAUGAGUGUACAAGAUCUACUGGCCCCAAAAAAACUACCUGAAAUGGCUCAAGAAUCUAAGUCUUUUCGAGCCUCUAUUGCUGGUAAGUUAAUGAAAACAGGAUUUGCUGCUCUUCCAAAACAGGCAUCUGAAAGUUUCAAACAAAAAAUUGCCAACAAACUGAUGAAAACAGGAUUUGUACCUCAAAAUACUGCAUCAAACAACUUUGGAGACACUAUUGCUGAACGAUUGAUGAAAGCAGGAACACUGUCUUUUGAUAAUGGCAAUAUAUCUCUAAGACUCCUUUAAGUGUCAGGACUCUUUGAAAAUUGAUUCUUUGUGGGUUUUUUCUUCCUUUUUUUUUCGAUUUUGCAGACAUAGUUUUUGAUGGGGAUUAUAGCACUGCCUAUUGCCUAUUGUGAAAUACCCACUCCUGCUCAAAGUCAUUUUUUUUUUUUUUUUUUUUUUGAGUCAUUGUAGAUUAUAGAUCUACCUUCAUGUAGAUAGUAUUGAGUCAUUAUGUUCUAAUCUUGUAUUUGUUCAGUGAAAAAUGUCUAAAUGCUUUUUCUGUUAUUCUCUCAAUGGUAUCACAAUCAGUAUCAAUGUUAUACCUGCAGAACAACAUUUUAUAGGGAUUCACUUGUUCAUUGUAAUAGGGAUUCCCCCAAUCCUUUUAUUUCUUUGUUACAUUUGCAGCACCGUUUCUGGUCAGCUUUUACAAAGUAAGUUCUAGUUAUAUCAUGACAGACUGUUAUGUCAUUUAUAGUUUCUAUCACAUAAAUCUAUGUUUAUGUCUUUCUUUUUACAUCUGCAAAAAGAUAUAGGAUAAAAUUUCAAAGAAAUUAAAAGACUUGUAUGGUACAUGGUUGUAGUGUGGUUGUAGUUACCAAUAUUGAAUUUUUAAAAUGAACUGUUUUCAUACACAAUUAUUGUUGAUGUUAAAAUUUUGUCUUUUGACGUGUUUAACUUUAAGUCAGAGUGCUGUUUCUUUAUACAAUUUUAUAUUUCUAUGAAAGUCUAGUUUCUGUUAUUCUUGUCAGAAUCUGUUGAAACCAAAAUGUAUAUCCAUAUGUUUAAGUUUAGAAGUGUGUAAAGCAAAAAAAAUAUGUAAGGUGGUGUUAGUUAUUCCUUGUUUAACUUUUCUUUUAUGUUUUGUUUAUACAUUUGUCUUCUAGUUCUUGUAGUCUUUGGGGUUUCAUAUAUUUUUUUUGCUUGUGGAGAGUUUUAUUAGACUGAUCAGUACAAGGUAUAUUUGUACAGCUACUAUGAAGAGUUUAUACUCUACAUUUGAUGUGGAGGCAAUGUUAAAUUGGUUCAUGAUCUGCCAUAUAAUCAUUUUGUGUGUAAAAGUUCAAUUAUUUUGUACUGGUAAUUUUUUUCUGGAUGGAAUGAAUUAGCCAUUAAACUCACUUCCUUUA